CGGGGAGGAGCCGCCGCCCGCGCCCGCCGGGGCCGGAGCCGGGGCCGGAGCCGGCCAGGCCCGGGCUCUCCCCCCACUCCCCGCCCCGCCGCCUCCCGCCCGCCCGUCCGCUCCCCGCGCGCCAUGGACUCGGACGAGGGCUACAACUACGAGUUCGACGAGGACGAGGAGUGUAGCGAGGAGGACAGCGGCGCCGAGGAGGAGGAGGACGACGACGACGAGGAACCGGACGACGACAACCUGGAUCUGGGCGAGGUGGAGCUGGUGGAGCCCGGCCUGGGCGUCGGGGGCGAGCGGGACGGGCUGCUGUGCGGGGAGACGGGCGGCGGGGGCGGCGGCAGCGCCCUGGGGCCCGGCGGGGGCGGCGGCGGGGGCGGCGGCGGGGGCGGCCCCGGGCACGAGCAGGAGGAGGACUACCGCUACGAGGUGCUCACGGCCGAGCAGAUCCUGCAGCACAUGGUGGAAUGUAUCCGGGAGGUCAACGAGGUCAUCCAGAAUCCAGCAACUAUCACAAGAAUACUCCUUAGCCAUUUCAAUUGGGAUAAAGAGAAGCUGAUGGAAAGGUACUUUGAUGGAAAUCUGGAGAAACUCUUUGCUGAGUGUCAUGUAAUUAAUCCAAGUAAAAAGUCUCGAACGCGCCAGAUGAACACACGGUCAUCAGCCCAGGACAUGCCUUGUCAGAUCUGCUACUUGAACUACCCUAACUCAUAUUUCACUGGCCUUGAAUGUGGACAUAAGUUCUGUAUGCAGUGCUGGAGUGAAUAUUUAACUACCAAAAUAAUGGAGGAAGGCAUGGGACAGACUAUCUCAUGUCCGGCUCACGGUUGUGAUAUCUUAGUGGACGACAGCACAGUUAUGCGUCUGAUCACAGAUUCAAAAGUUAAAUUAAAGUACCAGCAUUUAAUAACUAAUAGUUUUGUAGAGUGCAAUCGACUGUUAAAGUGGUGUCCUGCCCCAGACUGUCACCAUGUUGUUAAAGUCCAGUAUCCUGAUGCUAAACCUGUUCGCUGCAAAUGUGGGCGCCAGUUUUGCUUUAACUGUGGAGAAAAUUGGCACGAUCCUGUUAAAUGCAAGUGGUUAAAGAAGUGGAUUAAAAAGUGUGACGAUGACAGUGAAACCUCCAAUUGGAUUGCAGCCAACACAAAGGAAUGCCCUAAAUGCCAUGUAACCAUUGAAAAGGAUGGAGGUUGCAAUCACAUGGUCUGUCGUAACCAGAACUGUAAAGCAGAGUUUUGCUGGGUGUGUCUUGGUCCCUGGGAACCACAUGGAUCUGCCUGGUACAAUUGCAACCGCUAUAAUGAGGAUGAUGCCAAGGCAGCAAGAGAUGCACAGGAGCGGUCCCGGGCGGCCCUGCAGAGGUACCUGUUCUACUGCAAUCGCUAUAUGAACCACAUGCAGAGUCUUCGCUUCGAGCACAAACUCUAUGCUCAGGUGAAGCAGAAGAUGGAGGAGAUGCAGCAACACAACAUGUCCUGGAUUGAGGUGCAGUUUCUGAAGAAAGCAGUGGACGUGUUGUGCCAGUGUCGUGCCACCCUGAUGUACACUUACGUCUUCGCCUUCUACCUCAAAAAGAAUAACCAGUCCAUCAUCUUUGAGAAUAACCAGGCAGAUCUGGAGAACGCCACCGAGGUGCUGUCAGGGUACCUGGAGCGAGAUAUAUCCCAAGAUUCACUGCAGGACAUAAAGCAGAAAGUGCAAGACAAGUACAGAUACUGUGAGAGUCGACGAAGGGUUUUAUUACAGCAUGUGCAUGAAGGCUAUGAGAAAGACCUGUGGGAGUACAUCGAGGACUGAGAAGGGCCCUGCAUACAAUGAACUCUGAAAACUUUACCAUCUAGAGUGCUCAUGCAAUUAAAACAAAAAACACAAAAAAGGAGGCACUUAAGCCUGUUCUGACACCGCUGGUCUGUAGUACCGGAAUUCUGUUUUGUUAACGGAAAGUUUAAGUAAAUUAUAUUGUAAUAAAAAAAGGUAGAUAAACCAUUGUACAACAGUAUUCUAGGCCGCCAACAAGUGUGACAGAUGCACUAAAAGCCCUCCACCUUUGACUUGUAACGUAGCUUCAUCCUCCCAGCUGGCUCCUCUCUCUCCUUUCUUUUCUUCCCCUGUGUGUAGUACAGUUCACCCUCAAACACAGUUCUUGACACAGCUUUUCAUGUCCAGACCAGCCACUUGGUUGUACUUUGGUGAGGGAUCUCUUCUCCUCUCCCCCCACCCCCCUCCCCACCAUUUCCUUCCCCUCCCUUUCCCUGCUCAUCCUACUCAUCUCCCUCCUCUCCCCUGAGUGCCCAAAUGUCCAAUGCUGACCCAGCUCUGUGGGGGGAGGGGAGGGGAGAGGAAGGGAGGGGGGAGCAAGCAGCAGGGAAGGAACUUUGUACAUGACUUUUAAACCCAGAGGACAACACAGUAUUUUUCAAAAUUGUAUAUAGCGCAUAUGCAUGGACAAAGCAAGCGUGGCACGUGUUUGCAUAAUGUUUAAUUACAAAAAAUAUUUAUUCUUUAAAAUUCUUCAAGAUUAUGUCUAUUUGCUGUGCAUUUUCUUUCAGUUUGCUUCCUUUUCCAGGGGGCGGGGGUGGGGGGGGGUUGGUAUGUUGGUCUCUCCACUCCUUCCUGACUAGACUUAAAAUUGUUUGGUUCCCCUCGGCCACCCGCUGCUGCGGUUUCUCGUGUCCUCAGCCUGGCCCAUCUCGGGUGUGCCAUUGCUGGCAGUGGGCGCCACGCCUGGAAUCCCGGCUCCCUGCACAGAACAGUGAGGUCAGUGGGCAGCACAGUGUGGGGGGGUGCCUCUGGCUCCAACGGCUCUUCCUGCUUGUCCAGCCUUGUGCACUCUGUGCCCAGAGCUGAAAGCUUUGAUUGGCCAAGGUUCAGCCCCACAGGAAGUGCUUCAGUAUCUCCUCAAAUUCAGUUUUUUAAUGCUGCUUCAUAGCCUUUUAAAAUGUUAGCUGUGGUUCUCUUCCCCCUUCUCUAGAGACUCUCCUCCCCACCCUCUCUGUAAUAUUGAACAUAAUGUUCUUUGCCUUGAAGACUUUUUAAAACCCCAAGCCAAAAAAACCAAAACAAAACAAAACCCACCACCUUUCAGUUCAUGAGAAACAGGAUUUGAAAGGAAAGGUGGUGACACUAUCCACGCUUGUGGCCGUGGAUUCCCUUGGAAGGUAGCAGCCCUGGAGAGCAGAGCCCCAGCCAGUGUCAGCUUUGCCCAGAGCCAGCAGGGACAGGAUGAAUGGAGGAGGUCUGCAGCACCCACACUGGGGAAUUCUGCCCAGUGAUACGUACCGGUGAGGCAAUUGGAAUGGAAAAUGAACAGUAGUCUUAGUGGGGAAGAUCAGUUUGAGCUGCAAGGACCUCUCUUUCUCUGUAAAUGUCGUGUAUCCAGGGCGCGAUUCAUUCCCUGUAACCUCCAUGAGGCCGCUUUGCCCUGACCAUCGAUUGCCACAAUAUGUUUUAGGAAUAAAGUUCUCUUCCCUGUUAGCCUUCAUGGGUUUUUACAGUGUCUACCCUACAGCUUUUAGGAAAAAUGUGUGUAAGUGCUCUUUAUUGCCUGGCUGAAGUCAGAUAGCAUUGUCCUCCCACUAUACUGUAGCAUUAAUGCUGCUUCCUGAAAUAAGCCAUCCUAGAAGAGUGCAUUCCUACAUCCUUCAGCCAUCCCUCUCUUGCCACCCUGGUUUCAGAUCUGAGCUCUCCCACAGUUCUUUCUUUGGCUUAGAGUCUGAUGAAUCCUAAGGUGCACUUAGGAUUGGGGUUGAGGAAUUUUUUAUUUAAAUCUUGAAUAAAGGUUCUUUUCCGGAGGUCUUCCCGAGUGCAGCCUGUGUUGCCACAUCGAUGUAUGUAGAUCCUUUUUUAAAUACUGGACGUUUUGUUUUCUUUUUUCCCCCUUUCCAGUUAAUUCUGCAGUUUUUAGGUUGGAGCUUUUAAAAUUUUCCCCUUAUCUCCCUUUUUUUUGCAACAAGUAACCAAAAACCAUAUGUGCUCUGUAAUAGCCCCCAACAGCAAGAGAGAAUUGCUUUUGAGAUAGACAUUCUGGUUUCUUGUUGGAGGCCUAAGGAUGUUGCAUGUGGGUGAAUUCAGUAGUUAGUCUGAGUCAGGUGGUUCAUUUUAUUCUGGUCCCUGAUUCAUAACAGCUAUCGCCAUAUUUGACACAAUUAUCUGUAUUUAAUGACUUUCUUGUUGGCUUUAGUGCCUAUAGCUGCUUCCCCGUUUCACCAACCAACAGGCCUUUAUUAGUAGUGGGCUCAGUUCACAUCCAGCACCAGGGUCAAUUUUCUUUUCUUUUUUCUUCUAAUGCAUGUUUCAAUUGAGCAGCGGACUGAGCAGUAGAUGAGAUUUCAAUGAAAUCCCAACCAGGAGCUCAGGAUAUAAAAUUGUUCAGUGGCAGACCCCCAUUCUUUGUAAAUUUUUUCAACCCAGGGUGUAUGUAUCUGUAUACAUACAUGCAUAUUGUAUAUAUGUGUAUACACAGAUCCAAGACUGGCUUUUGAUUUUCAAAAUGGUUGAAUCUGUAGUGUUAAAUGUAGUUCAACCUCUGUUAGGAACCAAAAUUAAUACAAAGAGAAGAUGAGGGACUUCAGUCCCACUUGAUGUAACUGAGGUCCUUUAAACUAAAAAAAAAAAACAUUCUAGAGCACUUGGGGGUGGGGGGAUGGUAAGACAAUCAGAUCGGUGGAUUGAUUAAAUGCUCCUAACCCUGUAAUUUUGUGCAUAGAGCACCUUGUGCUGUGGAAAUUAAUGUUCUUAGAUUUUCAUUGUAACUGGACUGUUCAGGUUGCCCAGAGGGAAAGAACAUUCCUAAUUCUAAUAAAAUAAACUUUUAUUUUGUUAUUCCA